UCAUGCUGCAAUUGAUUUGUCGACAAGCUUUGGCCAGUGCAGGACAUUUAUGCAAGGAGAGAAGUGCAUUGUUUCUAUCUUUCAAUCGACCGUUCAGUAAAAAGAUGGCAUCAACCCCUAAGAGAACAAAACUGGAGUCUGAUGAGAGAGAGGAUGUCUUAUCUCCACUGAAGAAAGCGGGGUGGACAAUGGUGGAAGGUCGUGAUGCAAUCUAUAAGGAGUUCCUGUUCAAAGAUUUUAAUGAGGCCUUUGGAUUUAUGACAAGAAUAGCAAUACAGGCAGACAAGAUGGACCAUCACCCAGAGUGGUUUAAUGUUUAUAACAAGGUUCAGAUAACACUGAGUACUCAUGACUAUGGAGGCCUGUCUCACAGGGAUGUAACCUUAGCAAACUUUAUAGAGAAGUGUGCAAAGUGAACAACCUCAGAUAUCUAUUAUAAAUAGAAUCACAGAAGCAUUCCAAUUGUGUGGCUUUAUACUUAAUGAACAAAAUGUUUUGUACUGUCUGAUGUGUUUACUUUCAUGUUGAUGGUAGAGGGUAGAGACAUAUAUAUAUAUUGAUGGAAAUGUCUGUUCUGUUGUCAUAAGUCUAAUCCACUAUGUACUGCAUUGCUGUUCAUGUACAAAGUGCCAGGUGUACAAACCUUUACAUUGGAUGAAAGUCUUUGUAUGAACAUUGAUGAAAACAGAUUUAAAAUUCAGCAUCUUGGCAGAUGAACAGUAAAUUUUUGUACUAGAGUAUACUUAAGCUGAUGUUUAGUUUUAUACACUGUUUUGUGAAGAAUUAGAUUUAAUAAAUAUGAAUUUACUGUU